CGCCAGACCACAUCACAGGGGAGCAGGAGAGGUGGAGAGAUGAAGGGGCUCCGGGGUCAGGAACUGGCGGCGAGGGCCAGCGUGCCCUCCUCCUCCCCGCCGGCUCAGCCCCCGGGGAUUAGCACGUCGCAAGAGCAGAAGCCAGACGCCGCCAGGAGGGAGCGAGACCCAGGAGGGAGGGAAGGAGGGGAGGCAAGGAGGGGCGCGGAGAAGGGGCGUGGCCGGCGCGCAGGGGGAGGGCGCUGGGAGGAGGGGCCGCUGCUCCGCGCUCGCGGCUCUGGGGGCUCGGCUUUGCCGCGUUCCGUGCACUUGGGCGAGAGCAGGAACGUGGAACGGACCUCCGAUCCCAGCGCAGCCACCGCGAUGAGAGGCGCUCGCGGCGCCUGGGAUUUUCUCUGCGUCCUGCUCCUCCUGCUCCGCGUCCAGACAGGCUCUUCUCAACCAUCUGCGAGUCCGGGGGAAUGGUCUCUACCGUCCAUCCAUCCAGCAACGUCAGAGUUAAUAGUCAGUGUUGGCGACGAGAUUAGGCUGUUGUGCACCGAUCCAGGGUUUGUCAAAUGGACUUUUGAGACCCUGGGCCAGUCGAGUGAGAUCACACACAAUGAAUGGAUCACGGAGAAAGCAGAGGCCACCAACACGGGCAAUUACACGUGCACCAACGGAGGCGGCUUAAGCAGUUCCAUUUAUGUGUUUGUUAGAGAUCCCGCAAAGCUUUUCCUCGUUGACCUUCCCUUGUAUGGGAAAGAAGACCAUGAUACGCUGGUCCGCUGUCCUCUGACAGACCCAGAGGUGACCAAUUACUCCCUCCGGGGGUGCGAGGGGAAGCCUCUUCCCAAGGACUUGACUUUCGUCACCGAUCCCAAGGCUGGCAUCACAAUCAGGAAUGUGAAGCGCGAGUACCAUCGGCUGUGCCUGCAUUGCUCUGCGGACCGGAAGGGCAAGUCCGUGCUGUCGAAGAAAUUCACCCUGAAAGUGAGGGCAGCCAUCAGAGCUGUCCCAGUUGUGUCUGUGUCCAAAGCAAGCCAUCUUCUUAGGGAAGGGGAAGAAUUCUCCGUGAUGUGCUUGAUAAAAGAUGUGUCUAGUUCCGUGGACUCGAUGUGGAUCAAGGAAAACAGCCCGCAAACUAACGCACAGCCACAGAGUAAUAGCUGGCACCAAGGUGACUUCAAUUUUGUACGUCAGGAAAGGUUGACGAUCAGCUCAGCAAGAGUUAACGAUUCUGGAGUGUUCAUGUGUUAUGCCAAUAAUACUUUUGGAUCGGCAAAUGUCACAACAACCUUGGAAGUCGUAGCUAAAGGAUUCAUUAACAUCUUCCCUAUGAUGAAUACCACAAUAUUCGUGAAUGAUGGCGAGAAUGUGGAUCUGAUUGUCGAAUAUGAGGCAUAUCCCAAGCCUGAGCACCAACGGUGGGUGUAUAUGAACAGAACCCUCACUGAUAAAUGGGAAGAUUAUCCCAAGUCUGACAACGAAAGUAAUAUCAGAUAUGUGAGUGAACUUCAUCUAACCAGAUUAAAAGGGAACGAAGGAGGUACUUACACGUUUCAAGUGUCCAAUUCCGAUGUCAAUUCUUCCGUGACAUUGAAUGUUUACGUGAACACAAAACCAGAAAUCCUGACUCAUGAAAGUCUCGUGAGUGGCAUACUACAGUGUUUGGUAGCUGGAUUCCCGGAGCCCACAGUAGAUUGGUAUUUUUGUCCAGGAACUGAGCAGAGAUGUCCUGUUCCUGUUGGGCCACUGGAUGUGCAGAUGCAAAACUCAUCUGUGUCGCCGUCUGGAAAACUAGUGGUUCAAAGUUCCAUCGAUUACAGUGCUUUCAAACACAACGGCACAGUCGAGUGUAGGGCUUCCAACAAUGUGGGCAAGACUUCUGCCUUUUUUAACUUUGCAUUUAAAGGUAACAGCAAAGAACAAAUGCAUCCUCACACCCUGUUCACACCUUUGCUGAUUGGUUUUGUGAUCGCAGCUGGUAUGAUGUGUAUUAUCGUGAUGAUACUUACCUACAAAUAUUUACAGAAACCCAUGUAUGAAGUGCAGUGGAAGGUUGUCGAGGAGAUAAAUGGAAACAAUUAUGUUUACAUAGACCCAACACAGCUUCCUUACGAUCACAAAUGGGAGUUUCCCAGAAACAGGCUGAGUUUUGGGAAAACCUUGGGUGCCGGUGCCUUCGGGAAGGUGGUUGAGGCCACUGCAUAUGGCCUGAUUAAGUCAGAUGCGGCCAUGACCGUUGCUGUUAAGAUGCUCAAACCAAGUGCCCAUUUAACCGAACGAGAAGCCCUCAUGUCCGAGCUCAAAGUCUUGAGUUACCUCGGCAAUCACAUGAAUAUUGUGAAUCUUCUCGGAGCAUGCACCGUUGGAGGGCCCACCCUGGUCAUUACUGAGUAUUGUUGCUAUGGUGAUCUUUUGAAUUUUUUGAGAAGAAAACGUGAUUCAUUUAUUUGCUCAAAGCAGGAAGAUCAUGCAGAAGUGGCACUUUAUAAGAACCUUCUGCAGUCAAAGGAGUCUUCCUGCAACGAUAGUACUAAUGAAUACAUGGACAUGAAACCCGGAGUUUCUUAUGUUGUGCCAACCAAGGCGGACAAACGGAGAUCUGCCAGAAUAGGCUCAUACAUAGAAAGAGAUGUGACUCCCGCCAUCAUGGAGGACGAUGAGUUGGCUCUAGACCUGGAGGACUUGCUGAGCUUCUCGUACCAGGUGGCCAAGGGCAUGGCAUUCCUCGCCUCGAAGAAUUGUAUUCACAGAGACUUGGCUGCUAGAAAUAUCCUCCUUACUCAUGGUCGAAUCACAAAGAUUUGUGAUUUUGGUCUAGCCAGAGACAUCAAGAAUGAUUCUAAUUAUGUGGUCAAAGGAAACGCUCGGCUACCUGUGAAGUGGAUGGCACCUGAAAGCAUUUUCAACUGUGUGUACACAUUUGAAAGUGAUGUCUGGUCCUAUGGGAUUUUUCUGUGGGAGCUGUUCUCUUUAGGAAGCAGCCCCUACCCUGGAAUGCCAGUCGACUCUAAGUUCUACAAGAUGAUCAAGGAAGGGUUCCGAAUGCUCAGCCCUGAGCACGCACCUGCUGAAAUGUAUGACAUAAUGAAGACUUGCUGGGAUGCUGAUCCCCUGAAAAGGCCAACAUUCAAGCAGAUCGUGCAGCUAAUCGAGAAGCAGAUUUCAGAUAGCACCAAUCAUAUUUAUUCCAACUUAGCAAACUGCAGCCCGAACCGGGAGCGCCCCACAGCGGUGGACCAUUGUGUGCGGAUCAAUUCUGUAGGCAGCAGCACAUCUUCUACCCAACCUCUGCUGGUCCACGAGGAUGCCUGAAGCAGGAGGAGCGCCGGGGUCUCCCCAGCGAGAACGAUCCCUCUUCUUUUGGUUCCUAUCCUGGUUAUUUCGUUCCCCCUUCAACUCGCAUCCUGUUCCAGGGUAGAGGACACCCCGCUGUAAUCCCGUCUUUACAAGCACACUUUAGUGGCCAAUGAUCUUUGUCAUCAGCCACCACGCUAUUGUAAGGGUUCGAACUGCACAUAUCCCCGAUAACGAGGCAGCCUCCAUUAACGAAAACAAAACAAAACAAAAACAAAAUGCAGACUUGGAGCAAGGGAGGGUGGGAUGGGCCACACACCCUGGGGCCUUUCCAAGGCUUCUCCACUUUCUGUUUGAAGAGCAGAGUUGAUAGUUUAUUUGAAUAAAUGGCAGUAGUCGCCUUUGGGCCUCAUAACCAUCCAUAAUGAUACGAUGACGCAGCAAGAUUAGAAGCUGAAACCUGAUCUCUUGAUGUGGAAAAUGGAAUGUUAUUAGAACAAAGGGCAGAAGUCUAUGAAUAUCUGGGCUUAAGAAAUCUAGGAUUUCGUGCUGAGGAAUGAGACAUAGGCCAUGGAAAAAUGCUCCCCGAGCAGGAACAUAAGACUCGCUGCUGGGCAUGAGCCUUUGUACUACUGACCUGGUCUGUAAAUAGAGUUCGCUGUUAGGGCGCUGAAUCGGAGAGAAGGCCUCCCCAGCCAGCAUUUGUAUAUACUCAUCUAUAAAUUGUACAUGUUCAUAUAUUGAGGAGAGAAAACCCACAAGAUGUAGUUUCUGGAUAUGACCCUGGCUCAAGUCUGCUGUGUGUAGAAAUAGAUUAAGGGCCAGACAAAUUUGAAGGAAACAGUGCUUUUUUUUUUUUUUUUUAAGAAAAAAAAAAAAAAAAAAAAACCAUAAUUGCCAAGCACAAUCUUAACAAAGAUCUCCUUUUGUAGCCUAUGAACUUGCUCUGCAGAUGCUCCAGAACAAGCCUACCAGCUUCAGAAUGGCAUUGUGCUCAAUGGAUUGGAUGCCAUUUGAGAAAGUGACUGACUGACUGCAUGACUCCCUCGGGAGUAACAAAACAGUGCUGUUUUAGUUUGGAUCCUUCUGUAGCCAGACAUUAAGUUUAGAUUCAGCCUCCUCUGCAGGCAUAUCCUGGACGCCGGGCCAGUACCUAUAUGAGUGUGUGUGUGUGUGUGCGUGUGUGUAUGCUUGUAGACAAAUAUUUUGGGGGGUAUUCUUGCCUUGAGCCCAAGAGGGUCCUUCAACACUCAAGAAGUAGCUUGGCCUUCAUCAUCAGUACUGCUCUUGCUUCUCUUCACCCAGCUGUCCAGAGGAGCUACCCAAAAGCUUACAUAGCAGCCAUGUAGGAAGCAGAGUGCUUGAGUACUUAUUUAUUUGCAAUCCACCAACACUUAAAGCACUCUGAUGUUUAUAUACUCAACAUACUGUAUCUGUUCCUUAGACGUAAGGCUACUCUCCCGCUGAAACAUAUUUAAAUUGUACCCUUUGGGCUGUAGCCUGGAUAUUAUUCUUAGAGUUGACUUUUUUUUUUUUAAUAACUCCCUGCCCAAUCGUUAGAGGUCCCUGUGUACGCGGCCAUGUUUGUUGUCUCGCGAGAUUCAGGUAUGCCGCCUUCACGGUUCCCCCUCCUGGGUCCCUUAGACUACAUUUAGAGAACUGUGGUCGUUUAGCUGGAAGUAACCAUUUGCACUGGAGUUCUAUACUCUCGCACCUUUCCAAAGGUAACAGGUUUUGGGGUUUUGUUAUCACGUAAGAGAUUGUCGCUAUUUGCCAUACUUUGUCAGAGAAUUUCCUUUGUGUUUCUAUUGACUUUGAUCAUAGUAAGAUAAGUGGCUGUUGAUUGUGGGUGUCUAGGUACUUCAGGGGCACUUCACUGAGAGUUUUGUCUUGGAUAUUCUUGAAAGUUUAUAUUUUUAUAGUUGUUUUUUUUUUUUUCCACAUUGGAUGUUUCUUUGCAGUGGCUUAAUGUUUGAAAUUAUUUUAUGGCUUUUUUUUUGUAAAUAUUGAAAUGUAGCAAUAAUGUCUUUUGAAUAAUUCCCCAGCCCAUGAGUCCUUGAAAAUAUUUUUUAUAUAUACAGUAACUUUAUGUGUAAAUAUGUGCGCGGUGCAAGUUUAAAGGAUGUUGAUGUUCCAUGUGUUUUUUUCCUGGUGUAUUGUCCAACUAUUGACAGUUCUGAAGAAUUCUAAUAAAAAUGUACAUAUAUAAAUCAA